GAGAAAAGGACCAGUCAAAGAUCGAGCGCCCCUAUUGGAAAACACUUUACAAAUGGUUAAAAGGGUGCUAUUAUUCAUAAUCGGUAUCUUCUUGGAACAGAGCUAUUGAUUCAAUGAAUAAGGGUGUCAAAUGAUGAACAAUAACAACUCAUUCAUUAUCGUUAUAUCCUUAAUUGCAUAACGAAACAUUCAUGUCGAUAAAAUCCACGCACUAGUUCAGUUAGAUGAAACUUUGAUGUUUUCUUCUUUCUAUACAUACUAUAGAGACACGCAUAUAAAGCAAAAAAUGGAGAAAAGAACAAAUUUUAUCGUUUUACCCAAAAGAAAGAUUCUCUUCACUAUGAAAUUAGUGUUUAUUCCGAGGCAAAUUUCGAGAUUAAAACGUUAACAAAUUUGACGGUACCCUUCCUCAGCUUUUCCGGCAGUUUGCAGUACACAACUUGUACUCUAUACCAUGCUAUUUUUUAGAAAAAGCUCUCUUUAAUUUUUUGGCAUAUAGAGAUCUCAAUAUUACAGAAUAAAGUUAGUAAAAUGUAUGUUAAUAUCACUAUUAAAUUGAAACGGAUCCAUUGUACUAACUUUUAUUUAUGAUACUGACCGCUCUAUUUCUUGUAUUAUAAAUUUAUUUUCUAUUUAGCAUUAGAUGAACAAAGUCGUUUAACAAAAGAAAUAGAAGAAAAACGUGCUCAUGCUGAAGAGAAACGAUCACGUUUAGCACAAGAACGAUAUGAAGCAGAAGAAGGACAAAAACGAAUAAUAGAUCGUAUGCGUUAUGAACAAGAAGAAAAAGUAAAAAUAGUAAAUCAUUUAGAGAUUCUUUAA